UCUUCUUUCCCGUCGGAGCCCUCCGUCCAGGAUUUCUCGUUGCCUCUUCCCCCUCCGGACAAGGCCAUUCCACCGCAUUUCCCGGACUCUCCGCUGACUUUGUCCUUGAGGCCUUGAUUGGACCUGCGAGGACUACUUCACCUCUUCCAUCCAAACCAUUAACAUGUACCCGACGCCCCCAGCUUCUCCCUCCCAAAAUGGAUUCUGCGCACCGGAAGACCGCCUAGGCCAAGUCCUGGCUGGACGCCUCCAGUUGACUGGCGUCCUUGGUGUUGGAGCCUACGGCGUCGUCUACACGGCCGUCGACAUCCAGACCAACAUUCCUUACGCCGUAAAGGCGCUCAACAAGGUUGGUCUUGAGCCUCGCCAAAGAAAGUUCCAGCAGCGUGAGAUCCAGCUGCACCACCAGGCCAGCGCACACCCCAAUGUCGUCUCGCUCGUCAAGAUCAUGGACGCGCCUGACUGCACCUAUGUGGUGAUUGAGUACUGCCCAGAAGGCGACCUCUUCUCAAACAUCACUGAGCAGGGAAAAUACGUUGGUAAUGAUGCCAUGGCCAAGCGCGCCUUUCUCCAGGUUUUGGAUGCCGUCGAGUACUGCCACUCCAUUGGAAUCUACCACCGGGACCUCAAGCCGGAAAACGUUCUCGUCACUGACCAAGGAAUGACUUGCAAGCUUGCCGAUUUUGGACUCGCCACCACUGACCCUGUCACAUCGGACUUUGGCUGCGGCUCGACCUUUUACAUGUCUCCAGAAUGCCAGACAUCAUCACCUAAGCCUUACUCAUGCUACGCAUCGGCCCCCAACGAUGUCUGGAGCCUUGGUGUCAUGCUUGUCAACCUCACAUGCGGCCGCAACCCAUGGAAGCGCGCCUCAUUCGACGACAGCACUUUCCGUGCCUUCAUGAAGGACCCCAAGUUCCUCAAGACCAUCCUUCCCGUCUCUGACGAGCUCGAUGCUGUUCUGAGGCGCAUGUUUGAGUUCAACCCAGCCAAGAGGGCCACCAUUCCCGAGAUCCGCGACAUGAUCAUGCGAUGCUCGUCAUUCACGGCUACCAAGUCGGCCGUCUCAUCGCCAAUGCCCACUCCUUCCUUUGGCCCAGUCGACUACGCUCAGGAUCCCGCUUACAACCAGUACUACCAGGCUCCCGCCGUUCCCCAGUUUGCUCCUCUGCCUGGCUCAGCUUACGCCCCAUCGCCCUUCCAGUCGUCCACCUCUUCGGGAAGCUCAAACUCUGACGGCGAGUCCGUCUUCUCUGCUUGCUCGUCGGCUUCGUCGGCUUCUUCGAACUCAUCCUACCACGUCUCGCAGUCGCAGCUUCCCAAGUUUUCUUCGCGCGUUCCUCAACCCCAACAAUACGUUUCCCCCCAACCUCCUGCCAACACCUGGUUCCAGCCUUUCAUCCAGGCAGCCAACCUGGUCAAGCACGUCUCCUUCCAGCCUUCGAUCAUGGCCCCGGUUCACGUCUACUAGACUGCUCUUCUUCUCCAUGGCGCCCCCAUGGACUUUUUUGCUUACGAAUAUGCUUCUUGUCUAUGUGUUUAUACUAUUUUCGAAAAGUCACGAUGAGAUGAAUAGCCAUUGAUUUCUCGUUAGGUGUUGGGGUGGAUUGUUUCCUUUUUUCUUAUUUUUCCACCGCGUUACAAAAUUAGACCAGUAUGGGCAAAUUUCUGGUCUUCAACAUUAGAACUUUCUG